AUAGACUUUGUUGAUCAAUCUCAUACGAAACAUACAAAACAUACGAAUCGUACAAGUCAUGCAAUUCGUACAAAACAUACAAGUCGUUCAAAAGACAUAGUAAGAUGUCAGAAAUCUAAAACACAGCCAUAUGUACGAAGUUUGAAGUCAAAAGCAUAUAAGACCCACCUUUUGCUUUAA